ACGGUAUUAUUUUGUUCUAGGACCUAAGGAAUACAAUGCUUUUGUUUAUUUUAAUUUUGGGCGUUUGCGGUAUCGUUGUAAAGGGGGAGUGUGAGACCGAUUAUUAUGUACAGAAACUUCGAGAUUGCGCCCUGUUCAUACGGAUCAGCGCCUCGACUCCGGACGAAUACUUAGCUAUGGUUCAAUGUCGUCUCUUAAGCGUGUACCGCCAAGAUCUGACAUGUGGACUGGACGUAGUCAACGAGUGCACAGACUCGCCACAGUUGAUGUACCGUGGUUACACGAUGGAAGCCCUGAGAACCAAAAUUCAGACUUCGCGGGAUGUCAUUGACACAAAGUGUGCCUAGAUACAGAAAUAACAAAAAGCCGAGAACAUUUCAGGAUAAGUUCGUUCAAACUCUGCUGAAGAGAUUUCAUGUUCUCGCUGUGAAUUCAAAUAAAUGACAAAUUUGUCACAAUUAGUAUUAUAAUAGACUAACUGUUGUAACUAUUAUACACACUGAUUUUAAUUUGAGAUUAAAGAAGUUGUAUUUACCAUA